AUGGCUGCUACUCUAGUUGCAGCUACACUGUGGCUUCUGCCAUAUAGAUUUAAAGGUGCAACUGAUCCCGCUCCUUGCAUAACUGGUGCGGGUACAGACGCUUGCACGUGCCAGGUAGGAUACACGCCCUACGUGAAUCCCCAAGACACUGACGCGGACAGAUUGUGCUACCCUACAUGCACAUAUUGCUUCAACGAGAAUUGCUUUCAUUAUAAUGACGAGGAAAUCAGAUGUACGGCUUGCACGAACGACCACGUCCUUAUAGAUAAAAGUUGCUGGAAGCAGUUUGAAUUUGGAAACUGCAACCUUAAGCAUGAGGGAGACCAGAUUGUCCCAACGUGUCACGAUUGUAGCAAAGGGUAUCAGAAAAUCGGGAACGGCUGCUAUCGAUCUCUGAGUCGAGGAAUGUGCUUUCGAUAUAACGACUCGUACGACAGAGAGCGAGAACACUGCGUAUCAUGCAAGAAUGGGUGGACUAUGGCCUAUGGAGAUUGCAUCUGUGCAGGUUUUGGAAAUUCUGAUAAGUGUCUUUCGGCAGGCGCAGCCGUAGCCAUCUCAGUGAUAGUCACCGUACUUCUCUGUGCAGUUAUGACAACUCUGGCUUUCUAUUUCCUCAUUAAAAGGCAAAAGAGAUCCUCCGCGCCCAUAAAACCAAACUCGGGCAUCCUCCAACCUGAAGGUACGUCCCUGCUCAGUACUCCUGGAUCUUUUAUCUAA